AUCUCACACAUAUUGGAGAGAUAUCAGAAAAUAUCAAUGGCCCGCGAAGACCAAGUUUCAAAGACUGAGCAUCCGAUGCUCUCUCGUCUGAUGGCAGCUCUUUUCUAUGGGAUUUCGUCUUUCAUGAUUGUUGUGGUCAACAAAUUAGUACUUACCUCAUAUAAGUUUCCAUCCUUCCAAUUUCUUGGUCUUGGCCAGAUGGUCACUGGUAUUGUGGUGCUCUUUUUUGCGAAACAAUUUGGGCUCAUCGGUUUCCCCAAUGCAUCAUUUGAGACAUUUCGCAAGGUAUGGCCUUUGCCAUUGUUUUAUAUUGCCAACCUUGUUUUUGGGCUUGGAGGGACCAAAAAGCUGAGUUUACCAAUGUUUACAGUUUUGAGAAGAUUUUCGAUAUUCCUCACUAUGGUUGCUGAAUAUUUCAUUUUGGGUGUUCAUGCCAGUGUGUUUGUGCAGCUGACAGUAUUCUUGAUGAUAUUUGGAGCUGUUAUAGCAGCAAGCACUGAUCUUUCAUUUGAUCUUAUGGGGUACACCUUCAUCAUGCUGAACAAUAUUGCAACAGCUGCCAAUGGUGUAUACACUAAGAAGAAAUUAGACUCAAAGCAUUACAAUGCCACACCAUCUUCUUCACCGGAUGCUUUUGAAAAAAGCCAGCAGGACCUUGGGAAAUAUGGACUGCUCUUCUAUAACAGUCUCUUCAUGCUGCCCUUUGCCUUAACCUUGGCUUUUGUCACUGGGGAACUUGAAACGCUAGUUGAUUUUCCCAGCUGGACUGACCCAGUGUUUUUGAUGGAUUUGCUCCUAUCCUGCUUUAUGGGGUUUAUUCUCAACUACUCCAUCAUCCUAUGUACAGCAUACAAUUCUGCCCUUACCACCACUGUUGUUGGUGUCAUCAAGAAUCUUCUUGUCACUUAUCUGGGUUUGUUUAUUGGUGGGGACUAUGUCUUCAGCCUGACCAACUUUGUGGGCAUAAACAUCAGUGUUUUAGGCAGCCUUCUAUACACUUAUAUCACCUUCAAAGGCAAACCAGCAUCAGGAUCUUCCAGUACAGUUGCAUGAAAUAAAAAGUCCAAAAGAGUCAAACUGCCAAAAAGCUUUUUAUUUUCUAGCGCACCAAGGGUCCAAGAAGCUAAAACUUUUAAGCUUCAUCAAAUGAUUUUAACAUUUUAUUAUGAAGGAAGUAUUUGGGAGAUUCCUUCAGUUUUGUGGGCUUGAAGACUGUGUAGACUCUGCUAUGUCAUAGUCUUUGCUGCUGACAUGGCAACCAGCUGUAUCUAAGUAUUGAACAUUGGGAUCUCGUAGUGUACUUGGUGUUAUAUCUGGUAUUGCUGCAUAUAUUAAUCCCUUCUUAUAUUAGUCAUUCGGACAUUAUUUACUAGGUUUUUUUUUAGCAAGUUCUUGUGGAUAUAUAUAUAAUAUCCAUAUAUAUUAUUUAGUCAUCUAGUCUGCUUCCAAUAACCACAGCUGUGUGUGCACACGUGCAUGCAUGCACUCACACACAUCCACACUGAAAAAGGCAUCCCUAUAGGCAUGUUGCACAAAGUCAAAGGUGGCUACUUUUUAGACAAGCAUUUGCAUUAGUACAAAUACUUAACAUUCAUGUCAACCAUGUUUACCACUUAAAUAUUUUGUAAUGGUCAUUCAAAUGAACUAUAGACUAAUUUUCUUUUACCGUAUUCUUAUAGUAUUUUACAGUUAUAUGGACUAAGAUGAUUGUACACAUACAGGGUUUGUGUUUGUCCAACUCUUAAACAGAUCAGUACCUCCAAUGUUGAAGGUAAUGUUCAGUAGCUCAACAACUUUAUAAUGAAAAGAAGCUAGCUGCCAAUGAAGGCCUCACAAGCCUUAGUAAUAUAGGUGAAACAUCAGUCUUUCUAUACUUUUUCUAUCGGCCUAAAAAGUGUGAAAAUCACAGCGCAACUCAUCUGGACUUUAAGAUAAACAGGCAAUAACUUUCCAUCUAAAGUACAACAAUGCUUUAGCACAUUGAUAGUGUGUGACCUAGCACCAAUCCUGAAAUUCCUUGCACUGUUUAAAGAGUGCUAAGGAAAUGCUUUGCUUGGAAAUGUGUUUGCUUGAGGGGUCUUUAUUUUACAGAAUGACAUUUCUUUAUAUUAUACAUGCAAGCAUACACCUUAGCAUGUACAUACACAAGGAUGACAACUGAAAACAACUUAUGCUAUGUUCCCCUCUUAUGCACAGUAGUAUCACCAUCUGCUGGGUGAAGGCAGAAUCAGUAGCACAGCUUGCUCAGUCUGUAUUUCAUUUGGGUGUUCCUUAUAUAAAGAAUGGUUAGCAGGCACACUUUAAAGUUUGAAGAGGCAUUGUAGAGUGCUUAUAUUAUCACUGUCCAAGUAGAAGUUCAGAUAACCAAAAAGGAAAAAUAAGUUUUAUGUAUGAUACUUUUACAUUUUAUUGUCAAGUACAACAUUAUGGCAUGUUUUAAAAUUCUUGCUCACAGAUGCUGAUCAGUAAGGGAUGUUUAAAUGUAUAUGCAUUGAUAUGUAUGCCUUAAACUUAAGGGUCCAUUAGCUAUUUUUUGUGCUGCAUAUUUGGAAGCAUUAAUGUGAUAUACUGCACAUGAUUAGAGAAAUCCAUCAGUUAAAAUGUUCUUGCUCACCAUUUACCAAUAGUAUUUGCUAGGCCCUAAAAGUAUGCUUUUGUUCAGAUGAGCAUUGUAUUUUUUCUCCCCUUCUUGUGAUAAUGUAAAACGCAAUUUUUUUUAUGCUGCUUUUACUCUGAUCUGCUUUUUAUGUUUGACAUAUUAUAAAGCUUUCUAUCAACGCUUUCAGUCUUUUUUAGAAUAAUUUUGUGCUGCGCAGUUAAACUUUUCAUCUUAUAUGAGGAAAAUUUUUCAAAGAUAAAGUCUCAAGUUAUUUUGUCAAAUUGUUGGUGUCACCAAUUGGGUCUUGUGUCUUCUUACACUUCCAGUUGUGUAGAUAUAUAUGCUACGUUUAUUAUAAUUGUGCAGUGUGACAUUUAAGAUUUUAGUCAUAAAACAUAUUCAGAUUCAUAUCAAAGCAAAGGAGGCAGUGCAGGAAUAAAGUCUAGGGCAGGGGUGGGCAAAGCUUUUUUUAUGCAGGCCAGUCUCAAAAUUCUAAGCUUUGCAGCAGGCCAGUAAUAUAUCAAAAACCCAUGCCAAGUGACUGCACAACAAACCUAGUGAUAAUGGAAUGGAAAACAAAGGAGUACAUAAUGGCGUUCACUUACCAAAUUUAUUGUGUAAAGUGAAGCUGUUUGAAUUCACUCACAAUAAAACUUUAAAGUCAGCCUUUCCUUUUAAGGCAGCCGCCUCCGAUGCUAAUGACAUCAGAUGUCAGCUGUGUUGUUAUCUUUGUUAUUUCUGUGUUAGAAUGUUAUGAACUGCAGAUUUCUAAUGCUGUUGUACUUGAUUAAUUAGAUUUCAAUCAAAUUAACUUAGGCUGAUGGACCGGUUCAAAGAGAGUUAGGUGGAUGGGCAAUGAUGUGGUUUUCAUUCACUUCAAAUGGACACUCCCCUACAAAUGCCACUGCGUACCUUAGGUCCUCCAGUCUGCUGUGAAGCUUCUGUGUCACUAGGGUCUCCUCCGUCCAGAUGUGGUGCCUGAGGACUUCAUGCAAAGGAGAGUCCUGCACCAGAUGUUCUGUUGGGAUUGGCAAUAAAAGUAGCCACAAAAAAGCCCCCAAUGUCAUGUGAUUGUAUUAGCUUCCUGAACAUUAGAGUUGGCUGGGAUGAUUUAGAAGGGAGUGAAAAUGUGCCUGUAAUGAAUGGUCUGCACUCUUCUGUAUACAUCUCUGUAUACAUUCUGUAUACAUUCUGUAUACAUGUUAAAAGGGAAAAAACUAAGAGAAUUUAAUUUCCUUUAAUCAAAAUAACUGAUAAGACAAAUAGUGAUGUCAAAUUAUAAUGGACAAAUGUUCAAGGCAACAGAAUUGUUACAAUCACUUUACAAGAACAUUCAAUGUCUGGCAUCCUUCAAUGUGACAAUGUCAGUGGUAAAAUGCCAAUAAGGUAACAUUAUUUCUAUGAUCAAAAUAGCAAGAUUUAAAAAAUUUGUUGUUUUUGUAGCUGUGUUUACAAAACUAAAAUGUCUUCCAUAUCAAAUAGGAUAUUGUUUAAAGCUGCUGAGAUUAUUAAAUACUUUUGAGAAUUACAAAUGCAUUUAUCUUUUGUGCAACCUGGAGAGUUUUAACUUACAAUCAAAUGUAUGUAUUUAAAUGUGCAUUACUCAAAGGCAUAGCUGUAUAGAAGAAAUAUUCAGCUGUUUUCAUUGUUAACUUUUUUUUAAAAAAUUGAUUUUAUUUUAACAUUGUAAAUAAAUUGUUUAAUAAAUUUAAAAUAUAUUCGAGUUUCAUUAAUAUCGGUUAAAAUGUAUGCAGAAUCACAGAUUUUAGCUUUUGUCAUCAAAACUUUUGUGAAAAACUUAUGCUCAGAAAAACACCUGAAAUGUUUGCAAAAUGUGUACUCUGUUCCUACUAUUGCUUUUUAUAAAGAAAAUAAAUCUUUGUUGGGCUUAUUGAAGAUUAUAAUGUCAUGGCUUACUUUGUGGUACAUGAAAAACUUUCUGUACAUUUUGGUAUGUACUUUGGAACUAAUGAUGAGUAAAAUGUGAAAGAGAUAGAAAAGCAUUUGAUUUAUUGAUGUUAAGAACAGAAUGUGGGAGCUAGGAAAUGCUUGUGUUGAAAUGUCUGAAAUGCUCAAUGUAAAUAUGCAGGUAAGUAUAUUUCAGACAUGUUUUGGAAGACUUGCCUACAAAAUAAUAACAAAAAUUGUGGUACGAGUUUGAAUGCUAAAUGUAUAAUCUGUCAAAUAGUGUAAAAAUUCUUUGAAGAAUAUUGUCAUUGUAGCCAUGCAAGGAAAUGUACAGGGUUGUUUUAAUCAGUGCAUGCAAUCUUUGAGGUGGAGCUUGUUUUAUUAUAACAGAUGUUUUAUAACUACAUAUAAAACAUAUGUCGAGGAUCUUGUCAGGUUUUUUUUCUUUGGUCUUGAAGAUCUUUUUUUUCUUCCUGUUUUUACAUUAAUGUUGGCUUUUUCUCAUAUUUGGAAUGGUAUUAUGUUCUGAGCUGCUAAAUCUGUGAUCUUUAUACCAGUCAGUAAUGAGAGGGACAUUUUCAGCAAAAACAUUUUGUUUUAACAGAACUAUUGAUCAAAAUCCCCUUUGUUGAUCACAAAUUGCUCUUCUAAUAAAGAAACAAUAUAAAAAUG